UCAUCAUUCGGCUUGUGUAAGCAUGCUCUAAAAAGGCAAACACAGGACGUGUUGUAAAAUAACAAAAACAGCUGGAUCAAGUUGUGUAAAAGAAAUCUGAUCUGGGAAUCAAGAUCCUGAGUGAAAUAAGCGAGUGAGUGAAAUCUCCCUGCUGGCAUGGGAAAGCAUAAGUGGCUGUGUGGGCUUUAAAACGAUGACGCUCAGAGCUCUUUCCUCUGGAGAAUAACGGGCUGAAAUUGUGGAGAGGCUGAGCUCAAGGAACGCACACAGAGCAACACGUCUUUUCCCGGAGAUACACACAAGCCAGCGGUGUCUCCCACCCGUCCCUCUGUGCAGACAGAAUGAACAUUUUUUUCAAUAUGAGGGGGACCGUUGUGAGGCAAAUAGCAGAGGACAGAGCUGUUGCAGAGGCAGCCAUGAGCCCUCCACGGCGAUCAUCGAGUUCCCAUGGUGACAGGCCCUCCACUGAGACCCUGCAGAGGAACAACAGCAGCAACUCUGGCGUUAUUCUGGACAUCUCGGCUCUCAAGAUCGCGGAGGUGGAUACGGAGGUGCCUCCUCUUCCACCUCGCUAUCGCUUCAGGGACUUGCUGCUGGGGGACCAGACAUUUCAGAAUGACGACAGGUAUCAAGAGGAGUACAGUAUGGAUUCAACCAAUGCCCAGGUGCAGGUGGAGUUCUAUGUGAAUGAAAACACCUUCAAGGAGCGACUGAAGCUUUUCUUCAUCAAAAACCAAAGGUCAAGUCUGAGAAUCCGCCUGUUCAACUUCUCACUGAAGAUUCUCACCUGUGUCCUCUACAUAGUGAGAGUUAGCUUGGAUAACCCCAAGGAAAGCAAUGGCAGCUCAUGUGCAACAUGUCGGAACAACAGUUGGACUAAUACAACAGAGUCGACAGAAAUCAACUGGGGGUUGAUUUUCUGGGUGAACAGACGGGUUCCUGUAUGGGCGAUACAGGUGACAGUGGCCUUAAUCAGUUUCUUGGAGACCAUGCUUAUCACAUAUCUCAGCUACAAGGGGAACAUUUGGGAGCAGAUGUUCCAGAUAUCCUUCAUAUUGGAGAUGAUCAACACAGUGCCGUUUAUAAUCACAAUCUUCUGGGCUCCAUUGAGAAACAUAUUCGUCCCUGUAUUUCUUAACUGCUGGCUAGCCAAAGGUGCCCUGGAGAACAUGAUCAAUGACUUCCAUCGCGCCAUCCAGAGGACCCACUCUGCCAUGUUCAACCAGGUGUUCAUCCUCAUCUGCACCUUACUGUGUCUGGUCUUCACUGGAGCUUGUGGGAUCCAGCAUCUAGAGAGAGCCGGGAAGCAUCUGUCCCUGUUUGACUCGUUCUAUUUCUGCAUCGUCACCUUCUCCACUGUGGGCUAUGGGGAUGUCACGCCACAAAUCUGGCCCUCCCAGCUGCUGGUGGUCAUUCUCAUCUGCGUUGCCCUGGUGGUGCUCCCACUGCAGUUUGAAGAACUAGCAUACCUGUGGAUGGAGAGCCAGAAGUUAGGAGGGAACUACAGCCGCCACCGGGCGCAGACCGAGAAGCAUGUGGUGUUGUGUGUCAGCUCACUGAAGAUUGACCUGCUGAUGGAUUUCCUCAACGAGUUCUACGCUCAUCCCAGACUACAGGACUACUAUGUGGUGAUCCUGUGUCCAACAGAGAUAGACAUUCAGGUUCGCCGUAUCCUCCAAAUCCCUCUGUGGUCCCAGAGGGUCAUCUACCUUCAAGGAUCUGCCCUCAAAGACCAGGACCUGAUGAGGGCCAAGAUGGACGAUGCUGAGGCCUGCUUCAUCCUCAGCAGCAGGAACGAGGUCGACCGAACUGCUGCUGAUCACCAGACAAUUUUGAGGGCUUGGGCUGCGAAAGACUUUGCUCCAAAUUGCCCUCUCUACGUCCAAAUUCUCAAACCAGAAAAUAAAUUCCAUGUUAAGUUUGCAGAUCACGUAGUAUGUGAAGAGGAGUUCAAGUAUGCCAUGCUGGCGCUGAACUGUGUGUGUCCAGCCACGUCUACUUUAGUCACACUCCUGGUUCACACCUCCAGAGGACAGGAGGGGCAGUUGUCACCGGAGCAGUGGCAGAGGAUGUAUGGACGCUGCUCUGGAAACGAGGUCUACCACAUUCGCUUGUGUGACAGCAAGUUUUUUGGGGAAUAUGAUGGAAAGAGCUUCACCUACGCCUCCUUCCACGCCCAUAAGAAGUAUGGUGUGUGUUUGAUCGGAGUGAAGAGGGAGGACAACAAGAGCAUCCUCCUGAACCCCGGCCCCCGCCACAUCAUGGCUGCCACUGACACCUGCUACUACAUCAACAUCACCAAGGAGGAGAACUCGGCCUUCAUCUUCAAACAGGAGGAGAAGGACAACAAGGGCCUGCCUGUCACCGGCCUCUACGACGCCCCCUCCAGGCUGCCCGUGCACAGCAUCAUCGCCAGCAUGGUUGAUCAGGCUACUUCAUAUGGCACUGUAGCCAUAGAUCUGCAGAACCCUGAUCCUCCUGAGGAAAGCACCAAACUGACCUUGCCAACGGAGAACGGCGCAGGAAGCCGCAGGCCAAGCAUCGCACCUGUCCUAGAGAUCGCUGACUCCUCCGCCAUUCUGCCCUGCGACCUCCUCAGCGACCAAUCAGAGGAUGAGACCAACCAAUCAGACGAGGAGGGCUCUGUAGGGUCAGAUUUUGUGAAGGGCUACCCUCCCAACUCGCCCUACAUCGGCAGCUCUCCAACUCUGUGCCACCUCCUGCCACAGAAAGCUCCAUUCUGCUGCCUUCGCCUCGACAAGGGCUGUACACAUAGCAGCUUUGAGGAUGCGAAGGCAUACGGCUUCAAGAAUAAGCUGAUUAUAGUGUCUGCAGAGACCGCAGGAAAUGGCCUCUACAACUUCAUCGUCCCUCUGCGAGCUUACUAUCGGCCCAGGAAGGAGCUCAACCCCAUAGUGCUGCUGCUGGACUACCCGCCAGACAACCACUUCUUAGAGGCCAUUUGCUGCUUUCCAAUGGUUUACUUCAUGGCUGGCACUAUCGAUAACUUGGACAACCUGCUACAGUGUGGUAUAAUCUACGCCGACAACUUGGUAGUUGUGGACAAGGAGAGCACCAUGAGCGCUGAGGAGGACUACAUGGCAGACGCCAAGACCAUCGUCAACGUCCAGACUAUGUUCAGGUUGUUCCCCAGUCUCAGCAUCAUCACAGAGCUCACGCACCCGUCCAACAUGAGGUUCAUGCAGUUCAGAGCCAAAGACUGCUACUCGCUCGCCCUCUCCAAGCUGGAGAAGAUAGAGCGCGAUAAGGGCUCCAACUUGGCCUUCAUGUUCCGGCUGCCGUUUGCUGCAGGCAGGGUGUUCAGUAUCAGCAUGUUGGAUACACUGCUUUACCAGUCGUUUGUUAAGGACUAUAUGAUCGCUAUUACGAGGCUUCUUCUUGGUCUGGACACCACGCCUGGCUCUGGGUACCUCUGUGCUAUGAAGAUCACGGAGGAGGACCUGUGGAUCAGGACUUACGGCAGACUCUUCCAGAAGCUUUGUUCCUCCAGCGCUGAGAUCCCCAUAGGGAUCUACCGCACCGAGUCACACAUGUUCUCGACCUCAGAGUGCAAGGACAGUUACGCACAGUCUCAGGUGUCCAUCAACGUGGAGCAGGGCGUGGAGCACCGCGAGCGUGGAGAGUCCUGGAAGGAGAAGACGGCCCACAGAAACUCCACCACGAGCGACCAAUCGGAGCACCCGCUGCUGAGGAAGAAGAGCAUGCAGUGGGCACGGCGGCUGAGCAGGAAGAGCACCAAACCGUCCAGCAGAGCAGAGCGUAUCUCGCAGCAGAGACUCAACCUGUACCGACGCUCUGAGCGGCAGGAGCUGUCUGAGCUGGUCAAGAAUCGCAUGAAGCACCUGGGCCUGCCCACCGUGGGAUACGAGGAUGUUUCUAAUCUCACUGCGAGCGAUGUCAUGAAUCGAGUAAAUCUAGGAUAUUUGCAAGAGUUGCAGGACAUUUCAGAGCACCCGUAUACAGAGGGGACCAGGCCGUCAGGGCCACAAGCAGACGAGAUGAAUGACCACCAGAACACGCUGUCCUACGUCCUCAUCAAUCCUCCUCCUGACACCAUGCUGGAGCUCAACGACAUUGUGUACAUUAUCCGGUCCGACCCUCUGGCACACAUGCCAGAGGACUCGCAGGUGGGGCAGGCCCACAGCACCAGGAACCAGCAGGACUUUGGCACAGAGACAAGAGACGAGACUCACCUCUGAAACCCCCCCCUCAGUCCUCGACACCCCGACCCUUAACCUCUAAGCCCCGCCUGGGCCGGCAGAGCUUGUUUGUCUCGCGCAGAUGAAGGCUUGUCUCGGGCCAUGAACAGCAGGCCACAGUGAAUGUGCAUUAUGUGUCUCUCAGCCUCAGAACAGAAAUAAUCAACAAUUUAAAAGAUGGCCCUGAGAGAGAGCUGCUGUUUCCCCACUGAGCUGCUAAAGGAGGAUGCAUGAAGAGUGCCUCGUCAUCGACCCCGACUCCCCCUCACGCACCUUCUGUUCUAGCACACGUCACCCUCGCAAAACAAUCUGAGAACCAGGCACCGGAAUCAGCUCCUUCCACCCAAAGGACUGAGAGAUUUGAUCGAUGCUGUGAAAGGUCUUUGGAAGAGUCAAAGGAGGUUUACGUGCACACACUGUACAGGAUAUCAAAUCAUUGUACAGUCAAUCAACAAGUUGCCCUCGUUGCCACGACUCAGGCCGACUUCCUCUACGCCUGUUUUUACCUAAACUUGCAAAGAACUGAAUCUCGGGGCAACUACACCCUCCUCCACAUCUUAAUCAUGUUUUCUAAAAACACAAUGCUAUGAAUUUCUGGUAAUUCAAGCAUUUACCAUGAAAUUACAAUACAUGUGCACUUUUCUUAAUUUAUUACAAAAUUUCUGUUUGGUUUUUGUCGGUUUCUAAUCAGACAGGAUUUUCUUUAUGAGCGUAAACUUUUUUUUUUUAUGACAAACUGUCAUCUGUGAAUAUACACCCUGUAGUUGGCACUUUUAUCAGCCAUAUUAGAAUUGUCAGCCUCUCUCUUUGUUGUGUUGUUUUGGACACUGAUUUUUGUUGUGGUUAUUGUUAGAGUGAAUAUUGUUAAUUAUUUUCCUAUUUUAAGUGUCCCAAAUCAUGUCUUCUAUUCUGUAUGUGCCAUUCUUUUGUUUACUCUAUUGCUUGGUAGAUAUCUUUAAAAUGUUUUAUACAUUAUGUGCCAUUUUGCAUCCGUUUUGUGAUGUCACUGUUAAUGUUUAUCUUACAGCCUGCCCGAUACAUUGGUCUGGCCGAUAUUAUCAGCUGAUUGAUCAGAUGUGUCAGCCAAUACGUAACAAGACAUUUCUGUUUAAUUUUCAAAUGUAAAAUGUCUCACUCAGUACAUAUCUUGGUCACAACUCUUUAAUAAACCAGAUUUAAAGGAAUAGUUUGAUAUUUUAGCAAAUACACAAUUAGCUAUUUUGUAGAGAGUUAGACAAGAACACCACUCUCAAAUCUGUAUGAUAAAUUUGAAGCUAAAGCCAGCAGGUGAUUAGCUUAGCUUAGCCUUUAUGCUAAGCUAAGCUAGGGGGAAACAGCUAGCAGCACCCCUAAAGGCCUGUUCAGACCAAAGAUUCUCGACAAGACGAAACCGUUUUAGAACGUUGCAGGGAGUCGGCUGAUGGCAUCGCCUGCAACUCAGCUUGUCAAGUCGCCAGUGGCCGGUUUUAGAACGUAAGGCACGUCACCUGUUUCAACAGCCAAUCAGCUCGUAGUGAAGUCAGCUGGUCGAAAUGGCAAAGUUUUGGAUGGAGGAAAGAGGAUCACCUCAUCAAUGUGUUUGAGGAACAGCCGUGUCUGUAUGACACAAGCCUUAAAAUGUAUUCAGAUAAAAUCAGCAAACAAACUGCCCUUUGUGACACUGCACAACGGCUGGGCGUUUGCGGUAACUUCAAAUUCUCGACCCUCCUGUUUUUUGUUUUUUUUAUGUGUUCGCCGUUUCAUGAAUACUAGAAAUGCAACUGCAGCGAGUAGCUCACUAUCACUAUCCUCAUUCAUAUUUUAAGUCGCUACAAAUUAUUAUAUCCAGCUACAAAAAAAAGCUUGAAAAUGUAGCAGUUAGAACUGAAGUACCGAGAAUCGUUGCUAUGGAGAUGAUGCACCGUCUCAUCGGCGUAGGUUUCAGAACGUUGCAGACCGGUGCAUUGCAAGUAGUUGCAAGUUUCAUUUCGUCUCGUCUCGAAUCUUUGGUCUGAACUGGGCUUGAAGCUUGCUACUGUAAUUAACGUUUCAUUUGUUUAGUCAAAAAAACAUGUUAAUGAUAAUUUGUCUUUUUACAUUUGCGAUUUUGUAUAGAUUACAAGCUUAUUAACAAGCUAUAAAAUAUUACUUAGUGAUCUUACGAGGUGCUGUUAGGCGGAUUUUGGAGCAAACCAGGCUUGCUGUUUCCCCCUGCUUCCAGGCUUUAUGCUAAGCUAAGCUCCUGGCUGUAGCUUCAUAAUUGAUCAUUGAUGGAGAGACAUGAGUGUGGUAAUGUUCUCUUCUAACUCAGCAAUAAGCGUAUAUUCCAAAUUGUAGAACUAUUACUUUAGAAAUUUGUUCAUAUUGGCCGUUAUCAUCAAAUAUCAAUAUCGGCUUCAUAAAUCCAGUAUCGGUCAGGCUCUAGUGUUUUCAUUACUUUGAUCUUGUUAACUUUAAUUUAUUGCGAUCCUCCAGUUUCAUAACUCUUUAACGAGUUGCAGUACAGUCAAGUCUAUCUGGAACGCACUUGAUCUGAAAAUGAAGUGCUCUCCUUUCCAAAUUGUACAGGCCACAUUUUGUGUAUAAGGCAGUGUCAGUGUGCAGUAUUUAACUUUGAUUUAUCAUUCCUCAGCACUAUGUUUUGUUCAAUCACUGUAAAUAGUAACUUUAUGUAUUCAUUGUUUGCCAUUUUGUUCUUUUGUUUCGGUCUCUCGUGUGAUAAAAGUGAAAGAGGACUUGAACUAUUUUUGCACUAAGCUCUGCGGGGAUGGCUAGAGCAUAACAGCACGACCCUUUAAUCUGAAUUUGUACAAGGUGGACAGUAUUAAACCAUUCCUGUGAAGCAGCGACAGUCAAAUGUGCAGUAAACAUGUCAUGUGUUAUGUUGUUUUGAUUUAUCUUGCAGAUGUCUGAAAAGCUUAUUUUGGUGAGUGCCAUUCUUAUUUAUCUGUCAAAGAAAUAUGAAGUGAUAGUAAUGAUGAAGUAAUCUCAGAUGGAUUGUUUUCUCUUUGAGAUCUGCCAAUGUUGGGAGUUUUUGUUUGUUAUUUUGAGGAAUCAGCAUAAGCUUUUUUUAUGUUUAACAGUGUAUGUAUUUUGCAAAGAGUCCCAUUGAAAUGUACUGUUGACCUUUGCUCAUUGGCCCCCCUCAGAAGUGUCAGUUUACAGGGCAGGAGAGCUGAGGAGUGAAAGCGUGAGCGACCACGAUGAAGGACAUGAUCGGUGUUCAGAUCCAUUCAUUUAAUAUCGUCCUAGGUCCUCACUUAAGACAAAUCACACUCCACAAAGAGUUCACUUAAGAUCUCCUACUGUCUAUACUUACAGUACCACAAGGGGCAUGUUAACACUAAAAAGCAUGUUUUGAUAUACAAGCUUGCCAAGAACGAUGAUUUUGUACAUUUAGCAGGACAUUUAGUGUGAUCUCCCAUGGCUACAGAAACACAUAAUCAAGUCAACUGCUUGCAAGUUGGAGCCAUUAUUUGAUACUGUGUAUUUAUAUGAAUGGAACAUGCAUGUUGUCUAGGUGUUAUCAAAAGCCUACAUAUUAUGUUUACCUCCACUUUAUGUUUUUAAGUCAUUGUCAAAAAGGGGUUGAUUCAUUUUGUACUAUUUCUUAUGAGAAGUGAGUGUACUUCGACAUAUAAAAUAUGAACAAAUAAAUGCUGCAUGCAGCCAGAUAAAAUGAA